UGACGUCUUUAGUGGGGGGUUGUUCAUGUGACGUCACUCGCUGUUGACUGCUCGAGCCCAACGCCGUGGGGCUUGAACCCCAACAACAACAAGAACGCCGCAGCCGCCAGCCGUCACAAGCAGCAUCGCGGAGGAGAGAACAGCGACUACGACGACGACAAAAACAACCACCACCGCGACGAGCAGGGCAGAGAACACGGCGGCCGCAAAGAGGCGAGGCUUGUGGGGAGAGCAGCCAUGCCGUGGUACUUCCCGUGGCCGGAUUCGAUCAAAAAGCGCGCGUGCCGCUACCUCCUGCAGCUCUACGUGGGCCACCUCCUUGAGGAGAAGCUCACGCUGCAGCAGCUCAGCGUGGACCUCUACGGCGGCACGGGCGCCCUGCGCCACGUCGCGCUCGACGUGUGGUCCCUUAAUGAGAUGCUGGACUCGGUGAAUGCUCCCCUGGAGAUCACCGAUGGCUACAUCGAAUCCAUCUCCGUGUCCAUCCCCUGGUCGGCCCUGCUGCUUGAGAACUCCACAGUGGAGGUGCGGGGUUUGCGCCUCACACUCAGGCCCAAGGCACCCACCGUAUCGGUGGUGGAGUCUCUCUACUGGUCCACGUGCAUGACCAGCAGCAUGCAGCUGGCGCAGGAGUGCCUGAAGCAGCAGCCGGGAGACGACCAGCCAGACUGCGCCACACAGCAGUUUGAGGGCCUUGAGGUCUUCGCUCAGACCAUUGACACCGUGCUGCGACGAGUCAAGUUGGCCUUCCUCGACACGGUGGUGCGCGUGGAGCACGUGAGGGAGAACGCCAAGAGCGGCGUCGCGCUCGAGCUGCGCAUCAAACGCAUGGAUUACUGCGACGAGGCGGCAUGCGAGGAGGUGGGGGACCUGGGCUCCGGCGGCGUGCUGGGCGAGCACAUCGACCUGCACCACCCGGCCGCCUUCGCGCGCAAGACGCUGCGCCUCGUGGACGUCGACGUCUUCUGCCAGGAGAUCCCGGCGGAAGCCCGGACGCCGCCCCGCACGCCGCCCUCGCACCAGGACACGGAGCCCAAGCUGUCGCCGUCGUGGAACCCGCGCAUCGUGUCCGAGCCACACCCGCAGUUCUCGCUGUCUCCCACGGGGAGCGCGGCAGGGCUACGCAGCGAGCCCGUGGACGACGACGCCGCCGCCCCCCUCAUCACGCCGCCGCCACCCCUGCAGGUGGCGAGCUGCGCCGGCGCGGUGGAGGUCAACGUUCAGCUGAAGCAGAACGAGGCUCUGCCUGGGCCGAAGCUGGAGGUGAAGGCGAGCAUGGGCUCGCUGAACGUGUUCGCGUCCCCAAGGCAAGGCCACCUGCUGCUCGACCUCUUCUACGUGCUCUGGGGCCCAGAUGGCGGCUGCCUGCGGGAGACGCUUGGCAGGAGCCGCCCCAUGCAGUCGGUGGACAUGCGCCGCAUCGAGUCCCAGCUGCACCGGCAGUUGGCGGAGCGGCAAGGGGAGCACGUGGGGCGGCACGUGGGGCGCGGGGGUGCUCAGGACGACGCAGCCGGCCUCACUCACAGGAUGGCGCCGGCGUGUAGGGAGGAUGAGUUUUUCUCGAUGGCGGACAUGUCGGGCAGUGUGGGGUCCCUGCCUCCACUCGGGGAGCCCCCCGAGGUCGACCUGGACACGUCCUUCAGCAGCAGCACCAGCGGAGGCCGGCAGUGGGGGGUGGCGCAGCAGCCGCUGAGGGUCCGCGACGGAGACACGAGGCACAGCACACCGCACAGCAGCGUGCCCCUGACAGACGACCAGUCCCUCAAGCCUGAGCUGGUGCUGCACCUGGAGCUGAGCAGCGCCUCGGCCACGGUGCUGCACAUUGACCCGCUGCCCAACACCGUGGGCGGGGACCAGGGCGCGGGGGGAGAGGGGUUGGGGGAUGGUGCCCUCCAACCCCCCGAGGGCCCUCUCGCCGCCAUGUCGCGCCAGUUCUUCCGGGAGAUGGAGGAGUUCGGCGGGAAAGACUUUGCGCAGCUGAGAGAAAAGUUUGCAAAGGCGUGCCCGCAUGACCACUUCAGGCUGGUGGGCACUUCGGUGCGCACGACGGUGAAGCAGCACGUGGGCGUGGCGGGGCGGCAGCAGGAGGCCAAGGUGUCGGUGGGCUCACUCGAGGUGCUGGAGUGUCUGUUUGAGACGCAGGACCCGGCCAGCCUACUGGUGAACAUCAACGAGCCGCAGUACACCGAGGUGCUGGCGUUUGAGUAUGGGGAUGAGGGACUAGAGCAAGGGGGGUCUGAACCAUCCCCUUGCCUGCGCGUAUUGUACAAUAGCCUGCAGCAGACGUCCGUGCAGGGUGGGCGGGCCAGAGGCUCCACCCCAGCUCCCAAGGCGACCCUCACGGUCGACCUGGGCCGUGCGAAGUGUGAAUUCGACAUCAGUGUCGUCGACCGAUUGAGCUCCGUGCUGCACCCGCAGCCCACACAGAGCGGGGAGACAAUGAGCUCUCACAUGUACAUGUCCUACAACCCAUUGACCAGCAUGACGCGCGCCUUCACGCAGGUGCUGAUGGACGACGAGGCCUCCGCGGCCGCCGAGCGGCGCACGACGCUGGUGGCUCGUGCCCCGUCUCUCCGUCUCGCCGUGCGCUUCCCCAUCCCGGACCUACGGCCGCUGCAGGAGCGGGGGCCGUGGUUCCGCAAGUCGCUGCGGCCCGAGGUGCUGCGCAUCGACCUCACCGAGCUGGACCUGCAAGCAGAGCUGGGCGGCGGCGCGGCCGUGGGGGUCGGCUCUGCCGACCGGCGGCACUAUCACCUGCAGUUCCGCGAGCUGCACGGCUUGUUUGAGGAGGGUGGAAUGCGCCCGCCGGUCCCGUUCCUACGCGUGUCCCCUCCAGAGGCCGACCUCAACUCAAGCUCAGAGCACGCGCGCUUUGACUGGCCACGGGUGGUGCUGAGCGUGAACUCGCAGGCGGAGCGCUCCGUGCUGGAGCCGACUCUGGAUAUGGCCGACGAGCCCCCGCAGGGUUCCCUGGAUGAUGCCUGCACCCUCAACGGCUCCGCUGAGCCGUCACCGUUCUCCUCGCGCCGCGUCAUGUUCGAUAACGAGGAGAUGGUGAUGCCGGGGGAUGCUGCGGAAAUGCUGGAGUUCCAGGAGAAGGCGAUGGGUGACUCUCACUUCGUGCUGGAGCUCACGCUGCCCAACCUCAACGUGAUGCUGCCCAGCAAAGCAUUCUACGAGCGCCUCUACAACCGCAUCAACAACAACCUGCUGCUGUGGGAGCCGGCGGCGCCGCUGCCGUUGGAGACGGUGGAGAGCGCGGUGCUGGGCCCCGGCGGGGGUGGCCCGCCGGGCCUGUCAGUGGCGAGCCAGCUCAUCAGCUCCUCCUUCAAUCACGACGCGUUCCUGCUCUGCAAGUCGGGCAUGCACGACGGUGACUCGGAGUCGGGCUCCGAGGACGACGAUGACCUGGGGGGGUUUAUGGGGGGGGGCGAUGCCACGUGGCGUCACCCGCGACGGAGGAGAGCGGGCGGCAUGGGUGGCCUGGGCCUCGUGGAUGCCGGCGGAGCAGUGGGACCAGGAGGAGGUGGAGGAGGCGGCGGCGGUGGUCGUCGCAAGCAGAGUUUAUUCUCCAUGCUCGUCAACAUCGGCCGCGGGCGUGUCACGGCACACACCGCCACCAAGGACGAGGAGGGCCGUGUGGCGUGUGGCCGGCACGGCGAGGUGAGCGUGGACGUGGAGGGCACCAGCGUGUUCAGCGUGGUGCAGCACGCCGGCCGGCCCGACUUGCGCUACGUGUGCAUGCAGGCCAACCGCGUGGGCCUGCAUCACCGUGCCAGCGUAGAGAAUACCCAAAACCCCCCUCGCGGCAGAAUGGAAGCCGCCCCACGCUCCCCACCUCCAGGCAUGGAGCAGACCAUCUACCGCUCAGAGGAGGGGGUGUUGGGGCGCGCCACAGGACCAGUGGGCACUGGCGGUGACUCUCUGAACAUGCUGGCCCUGGCCAUCAAGAUCAGCGCUGACCCCAAUAUGGAGAAGCUGAAGGAGUUCUUGGUAGCCGUGGGGCUGCGUGGAGCCACUCUGCGCUACCGUCCGUCGCUCGCCGGGCAGAGCUGGCACGAGCAGGUGCUGGACUUCCUGGACGUGCGGGAUGAGACGGUGCUGGGCUACUCGGCACCCGACGUCAUCACGGUGCUGCACGCGCACUUGUGGAGUUGCGCUGUGGACUACAGGCCCCAGUACCUUCCUCUCCGGGCGAUGAUCACGGCUGAGACGUUUAGCGUUUCCAGCAACAUCAUCGUCGACACAUCUACCUCGUUACUACGGUUCAUCAUCGACGACUCGGCGCUCUACCUCUCGGAAAAGAUCAACGCCUCCUCUGUGGACCUCCGAAAAAACUACGUGUGCGUGCUGGACAUGGGCCUCCUGGAGCUCCAGAUCACCACCAGGAGCCCCUCCAAGGACUCCGCCACCAUGACGCAGCCCAAGUUCGAGCUGUGCUGCUCCAACGACAUCAUCCACGUGCGCACGUGCGCCGACUCGUGCGCCGCUCUCAUGAGGCUCAUCCAGUAUUUCGCCGGCGACGGGGACCUCGCCCCCCCACAGCGGCUGGAAGACCCCUCCGACCGGGCCCCCUCAAGCCUGGACAGCCAAAGCCCUGUCGCAGCUCCAUGCGCCGCUGCGCCUGAUUCUGAUCGAUCGUCUCUCAGUGACCUCAUGGUCGAUGCCAUGGAGGAGUCAGAGCCAGCAGGGUCUCCCCCCAACGUCCACACAAACGGCUUCGACGACUCGACGCAGCCGCAGUCGGGCGAGGAGCCGGUGUCCGACCUCUUCCUCUUCCCGGACGAGAACGGCUCGGCGGCAUCGCGGGCCGCCGGCGGCGGUGCCGCCCCCCCCACAGCGGGGCGACCGUCGCACGCGCGGCCAUCGCACAAGAAGACCCCGCUCGCUCGUCGCGCCGGCCCCGGCCUCGCCCCUCCCGCUCCCGCGCUCGGAUUCGCAUUUGGGUCCGGGUCGCCGACGCAGACCACUGGCGCUUCGGCGGCGGCGGCCACCCCCUCCUCCUCGUCGUCCUCGUGCUGCUCCUCGUCAUCCGCGUCACCCGUACCGCCCCCUCGCGUCAGGGCUCGGCCGCCCCCAGUGGUCGGCCUGACGGAAACGGGACGCGGCGGUGGCGGCGGUAGCAGUGGCGCCAGGAGGGACGAGGGCAGAGAUGAUGACGGAGCCGCGGCCGGUGGCGGCGAUGGAGAUGACGGCGGCGAUGGAGACGGUGACGAUGAUGACGACCUCCCGGACGAUGACGAGUUCUGCAUCCUGGAGGCCCCAGGGAUUGGGAUUCCGGCGCGCGACGGCGAGCCCGUGGUGAAGCGGCUCGUGGAGGACACCAUCGAGCUGCGGGACGAACAUUUCUCACGGCCGCUGGGCCGUGCGGACGUGCUGCGGCCGCCCGCGCGCUUCCCCGUCCCGCUGGCGCGCUACACGCUGCGCGAGGUCUCCGUCACGUGGCACCUCUACGGCGGGCGUGACUUCGGGCCCGCGCUCUCCUACUCCACGGCAGUGCACGCGUACGGACACAAGACGGGGGGCGGCAUUCCGAGCCCGCGGGGCUCUCCGCACCGCGCCCCCUCGGGGUCCAAGCCCCCCCGCUCAUCGUGGCAGACCCACGGGGGCCCUGCACGCAACCACGACGUGCUCAUGGAGGUGCAGCUCAACAAGGUUCGGUUCCAGCACGAGGUGUACUCCGAGCCGCUCUCUGGCAUCCAGCAGCUGGGUGGUGAAGGUGGUGGUGGCGGUGGUGGCAGAACUGCUGCUGCUGCUGCUGCAGGAGGCGGUAGCUGCCCCGUGUCGGCAGCGCCGGACCAGCCCGUGUCUCGCCAGGUUUUCAUCGUGCAGGACCUGGAGGUCCGGGACCGCCUCGCCUCCUCGCAGAUCAACAAGUUCCUUUACCUCUACACCAGCGAGAAGAUGCCACGCAAGACACACGCCAACAUGCUGACUCUGAAAGCUCUUCACCUGCGCCCAGAGAGCGGCCUCGCCACGCAGGAGUGCUGCCUCAGGGUGUCCCUCAUGCCCCUACGUCUCAACAUCGACCAGGAUGCUCUCUUCUUCCUCAAGGACUUCGCGUCGAGCGUUUCGGCCGCCGUGGAGCCGCCCACGCCCGACAACGCCGCCGACGGCCGCAGGUCCCCGGCGGCGGACGGAGGGACGAGCCCCGCGCGGCACCCGUCCCAGCCGGCGCCCGUCAUGACGUACCCAGCGCAACCGUUCGCCCCCUCGACGCUCGGCCCCAUGCCGCUCACGGACGCCCCGGCCUUCAGCGCCCCCGCUGGCGGGACUCCCUCGGAGGGCACUCCCGGUGAUGGUGGGGGGGGCGCCCCUCCCGGAGAGCUUCCCAUCUUCUUCAGGGAGUUUCGCUUUACUUCAGAAGUGCUGAUUCGCCUCGAUUACCACGGCAAGCACGUGACUAUGGAGCAGGGAACAUUUGCGGGAAUCCUCAUCGGGCUCGCUCAGCUCAACAACUCGGAGCUGAAACUGAAACAGCUCUGCUACCGGCACGGGUUGCUGGGUGUGGAGCGUCUUGUGGCCUACGCAGCGAGCGAAUGGGUCAACGACAUCCGCAAGAAUCAGCUGCCCGGCAUCCUCGGAGGCGUGGGGCCCAUGCACUCACUCGUGCAGCUGGUGCAAGGCAUGAAGGACCUCGUGUGGCUGCCCAUCGAGCAGUACCGCAAGGACGGCCGCAUCGUGCGCGGCAUCCAGCGCGGAGCCGCCUCCUUCGGCACCUCCACCGCCAUGGCCGCCCUGGAGCUCACCAACCGCCUCGUGCAGACCGUACAGGCGGCUGCCGAGACGGCCUACGACAUGCUGUCCCCGGGGCCCAGCGUAGCCCGCAGGCCCAUCGCGGGGGCCCCCACAUUCCCCCAGCAUCGCGUCGCUCAGCCGCCCGCCGACCUGCGCGAGGGCGUCGCUAAGGCCUACGACGUCGUCAGGGAGGGGGUGACGGACACCGCGCAGACGCUCUACAUGGUAUGCGCGCGGGAGCACGAGCAGAAGGGCGUAACGGGCGCCGUGGGUGGCGUCCUGCGGCAGAUCCCGCCCACCGUGGUGAAGCCGCUAAUCGUGGCGAGCGAGGCCACCGCCAAUGUGCUGGGCGGCAUGCGCAACCAGAUCCAGCCCGACGCGCGGCGCGAGCACUCGCAGAAGUGGCGGCAUGGGGAUGACUAGCGGCGGCGGCGGGCGCGGGACGGCCUUGCGGGUGCGGGGGGUGGCGAGGGGGGGUGGCGACUCGCGGGGCAGGGACCAGCAGGCGCAACCAGUGGUGAAUACGGAGGGACGAGUAGUUGGGAUGCCGCCAGGCACGACCGGUGGGAUGACGAGGAGAGGCGCAGGAACGACUGGGGGUGACCUGCUCAAUCUCCAUCGGCUCGCCGCAACCGUCUACGAGGCAACCUCUUGGCCUCUCGGCUGGGCCCUUCCCCAUGGGGGCCGAUCGGCGCGGAGUGUUCGCCUCCACUUUUACGGCCGCACAAGUGGGAGACCCCUCGACAGCGUCGCCGGAAGUUGGCCGUUACGUGCCCGCUGUCUUCGUCCGGGUUUUCCUGUGGCAUCACCAACGGUUGAAAUCUGUCGCGUGCCCGUGUUUUACUAAAUGAUGGGCCGGUGCCAAAUUCACCGGCUCUUUUAGUGUGAAUCGAACCAUGGCCCUCCGUGCUCACCGGGUUCGGUGGUAAUGGCACCGAUCUAUAGGCUAAAACCUGACUGCCCACAACCCGAGGUUGCUGAGAAUGAGGACUGCCAGUCGACGGUCAGUAGGUGUCCCUCAGUAAUUAUUCACUGCUGCGGAGAAUCGUGGGCAACGCAAAAUAAGCGUGAUCUGUGUAUAUUGCAACUGACUCUGAAAAUAGGUGCUCGCUAACAGGCACCCGUCCUGACGGCAGUAUCAGGCUGAAUGGGUGAAGGAAUUGGCAUCUGGUGCUGCCAACCCCGAUGUAGCACUCACAUUCAGACUGGGGCCAUGUUCGCUGAUUUCGAGGCUUGCUGGGGUCAAUGAACGAAACAUAUUUCCUCUGCCCAAAUACUGAAUAAUAUUAUUAGACUAAUUAAAGACAGGUGGUCAGGUUGUUUGGGUUAUAGCCAGAGUGAAUUGACGUUUGCUUAAUCAACCAAUUUGCAUUCCCGUUCAACGUGCACAUUGACCGUUCAUUGAUGUCAGAGUUUUUUGUUUUGAUUGCCAAGCAAUUGCCAAAAUUAUUACAAUUUAUGAUUUUGGGCCAUUGCAUUAGCAUGAAGUAGGCUACCAUGAGAGCUGUGGUGAUGAUGAUUACGACUGCGUUGGUGGUUUUGGUGAUGUCACAGGGUCUUCGGUGUUUGUACUCGUGGCAGAUAAGACACUGUUGUUGACACCGGUGGUGAUGAUGAUGAUGACUCAAGGGUUUGGGUUACCCUACAAGGCCUUGCUUUAUGGUGUUUUGCGUGACUUCACAAAGAUGCGUUAAACUGUCAAGUGUUAGUUACAGACACUUGAAAUUAUAUUCAAGCACUAUAUAAAUAUAAUUUAGUUUAAAUCUGUUACCCGGAACAGCCUCCCUGAGUCUCGUAAUGACAUUUGUUUCGGGAUUUGGGGGGAGGGGGGGGUGUCUGCUUCUGGGUGCUUUGCCAAUUUUUUUUUUCUGCAAGUUUGUGUGUGGGAAGAGGCCGGAGUUCCUGGAGAAAACCCCCGCACACACACACACACGAGGAAAGAACACGCAAACAUCGGCGCACUCGUGGUGAAAUCAGGGACCUGCUGGGUGAUGUGCCCCAAUAACUCACGCUUACGGUCACAGUACUGCUCACGCUGCUCCUGUAUAAGCUAUAUAGACGUAGCAAUUAACACGCUCGUUUGUGGAGACGCUAUCCGUCGCUAAGAAACGCUGCAGCGUUAACUUCUGUAUGUUGCUACAACGUCUAGGCCCCUACCCCUGUUGGUGCUCGGCCCUGUGUAACGUUUAUAAUAAAGACUGUAACCUGGGCAUGGCUCACUGUCAAGCCCCAAUAGAGGCAAAGUACAUACACGUCCGCCAUUCUGCAGGCUUCCUUAAUAUAAGGUUGCGAUAUAUUUCUUGGACGUGAUACCGUGGUCAUAUUCCUGAUCAGCUUGGCACGCGGCUUGCUAUUGAAUGGUUCCAGUGAGUCGACUUGGUGGAUACCAGAAUAAGUUAAACAUUAAAACUGCAAUUUUUUCUGUCGUUCAAUGAAAAAUAAGAUGUUGCCUGUUGGUCUUCUCUCGGAAAGAUAGGUUUUAGGAAUGCUGACACAAUAACCACGUCUUCACGAAGGUCGUUCGUUCGGACAUUGAUGAUUCGGUCUGUCACUGAGAGCAGAAAAUCACGUUUCAGUUGUGAUUGGUGUUGAAGCAACAUUGAGCAGGUGAAAAUAAUAAAGUGAAAUUACUUUUUGGCAUUAUGAUAUUUAUGCCAUUGAAAUCACAAAUGUUCACAUUUAAGUCUGUGUACAAUACAUUGUAUAUUUGAAAAAAGCUUAAAGGAGUUAAAGUAGCAUGUGUAGAGUUCCCAAGAUGUCUAUGCAGUAGUAGAGGGGGUGUGCUCGCGUGGGCCCGGACACGUGGCUAUCGUUGAAAUAAAAUGUUACACUAAACAAUAUACACACUUCAAAAUAAAUAAAAAGAGAUUAUAAAAUA